AUAGACUACGCAAGCCAAGUUACAUAGCUCCAAGCUUGCAGCUUUCUGUUUAUCCAGGAGACCGUACAUACGUCAAAAAUUGGAGAAAGGCUUCUCCAUAACCCUCUGUUAUAAGAAGUAUGGGUUCGGCCGACUUCAAAAACUGGACUCGAUGGAGCCAGGGCUUUAAGGAAGAGUAGAUGACCCCAGUCACGAUCUUUGCCUAAGCCUCCUGAGAAUGUCAGCACGGCAGAUUCUAGGACUGCUCGCAGUUCUGGGCUUAUCCAGCGCCUCUUCGGCCCAGAGCUAUUCAAACAGCAGCAGCUUAGCAAGCGACACUGUUGCUGUGAGUUGGGUCGGUGAUGCGCCGAAGAUUAACUCCGGAACAACUUUCGGACUCCCUUGGCCUCGAGGGAAAUACCAAGCCAAUACAACCACCUUCGCUGGCCGCGAGGGUGAUAGUGAAGGCCAGGUACCCCUCCAGUCGUGGAUCCUGGCUUCUUGGCCAGAUGGUUCGAUAAAAUGGUCCGCGCACGCUGUAGGGGCUUCUGAGACAGUGUAUGACAAGUACAGCAUCACAGCAUCAACAAGUACGGCGGGGAGCAAGGAAAAACGGGCCUCAAACUCAUCUUCGUCGAGUUUAACCGUUAGCGAGUCCGAUUCCGAAGCCACCAUCAACACGGGAAAGCUUUCUGCGACUUUUCCCAAGUCCGGAAGUAUUCUCGUGAGCGAAAUCAAGACAUCAAGCGGCAAGAUUGUUGGCCAGAAUGGGCGAUUGAUACUACGAUCUCAAUCUGGAGUCGAAAAUGAUGAUGAAGGAAACUCAACAUCCAUCAACAAAUUCCAAUUCGAAAGCAAUGUCGACAAUUCCACCGUCGAGUACGAUGACAGCUCCGUAAGAGCAUUGGUAACAGUGCGCGGCACGCAUAAGGUUACCUCAGGCGCGCAUGAUGACUUAUUGCCAUUCAUUCUCCGCUUUUACCUAUACGCAAACUCGGACGCCAUCCGAGUCGUCCACACCCUCAUAUUCGAUAUUAAGCCCGAUCAAGACUUUGUCUCGGGUAUCGGAAUCCGUUUCGAUGUCCCACUGAGCGGUGAGGAGCUAUACAACCGUCACGUCAGGUUGGCCGGCCCAGACGGGGGUCUUCUCCGUGAAGCUGUCCAGGGUAUUACGGGUCUUCGAAGAGACCCCGGAAAGACUGUUCGCACUGCGCAGUACGACGGCACGGAAUUGCCUGAUAUUUCGACUUGGGAUACCAGAGUCUCUUCUAGGUUAAAGUGGAUCCCUUCAUGGAGCGACUAUAGUCUGACGCAAUUGUCUCCCGAUGGAUUCACACUGAAAAAGCGGACAAAGUCGGGUCAGAGUUGGGUCAAGAUUCCCGGAGGUACUCAAUCAGGAGGCCUGGCCUACCUAGGGGGUGCUACACAGGGUGGUCUCGCUGUUGCUCUUCGCGAUUUCUGGAAGCGAUACCCAACUGGUCUUGAUAUCUCGAAUGCAGCUUCGGAUGUGGGUCAAAUCACCCUCUGGUUAUACAGUCCCGCUGCUGAACCGAUAGAUGCUCGACCUUUCCAUGACAAAUUAGGAGAAGAUACAUUUGCAGACCAACUCGACGCGCUCGAGAUCACCUACGAAGAUUAUGAGGAAGGAUGGGACACGCCAUAUGGAAUUGCUCGAACUAAUGAAGUAUUCCUGUUUCCAUUCGACAAAACACCCGCUGCGGAUACAUUAUCUUCCCUAGUCGAUUAUGCAAAUGAGCCGCCAGUACUCGUUGCAGAACCACAAUACAUCCAGGAGACAAAGGCAAUUGGAUCGUACUGGGCGACAACCCCCGACAACUCGUCGGCUGCGGCGCAGACAAUCGAGUCACAUCUUGACUUCUUAAUUAAGUACUACCAAGAUCAAAUCGUUCAACGACGAUGGUACGGUUUCUUUGACCACGGUGAUAUCAUGCAUACCUACGAUACCGACAGACAUACCUGGCGCUACGAUAUCGGGGGCUAUGCUUGGGAUAAUUCGGAACUCUCGCCGAAUCUUUUCUUCUGGAACUACUUCCUAAGAACUGGUAGAGCAGAUGUAUACCGCUUCGCGGAAGCUCACGCUAGACACACUGGUGAAGUAGACGUUUACCACAUCGGUCCAUACAAGGGCUUCGGAACGCGACAUGGUGUCCAGCAAUGGGGUGACAGCUCUAAGCAGAUCCGUGUCUCAACGCCUAUCUACCGUCAGGUCUUCUACUACCUAUCUGGUGGAGAUGAGCGCGUUGGAGAGCUUCUCCACGAGCUCAUGGAUGCCGAAAGCGCAUUCCUUACCGUAGACCCACGACGCAAGGUACGCGAUCCCAACGUCCCCUACGUCAUCGACCCGACAGCCAUAGACCUGGAUAUCGGUCUCGACUGGUCCGGACUCGCAUCGACCUGGUUAAUCGAGUGGGAGCGUCGCGGCUCGCGAUGGGAAGAAGCCCGAUCGAAGCUCAAUUCAACCAUGCACAGUAUUGCCAGCCUAAAGAACGGCUUCGUAACCGGCCUCGGCCUCUACAACAUCCGCACCGGCAUCGUCUCGCCGCCAUCAACUGACUCGAAUAAUACCGGCACCGUAGACGUCAGCCAUCUCCCAGCGAGCUUCGGACUUCCGGAGAUCGUCUCGCAGCUUGCAGACUUCCUCGGCGACGAGUUCCCGAAAGCUUUCCAGGACGUCUGGCUGGAUUACUGCUACUACUAUGGAGCCGGCGCUGCGGAGCAGAAGGCAAGAUACGGCUCCAGCUUUGGUAACCUGAACCUGAAGCAGGGACACUCGCGGUUGACGGCGUACGCGGCAAAUAAGCUGGGCAACGCGACACUAGCAAAGCGCGCUUGGAACGAGUUUCUGAAUACGGAUGGACUUUCACCAAGUGCGCCGUGGGUCGCUGAGGCGAUUAAUGGGAGUCUGGUCUUAUCUCCGGUCGACGAGGCGGCGUGGCUUGCGACGAACGAUGCUGCGCUGUACGGGUUGGCUGGGAUUGAAAACUUGGCGCAAAUUGCGUAUGCCUUAUAAAUGUAAUGUUUGGUAAUAUAAUAUGUUAGUUACCUCCUACCUAGUUUACUU